AAAUCCCAGGAUAUUUUCGGUUAUUUAUAUGCCACAGUCUUGUGAGCUGGAAUCAUGAGCAAGGCAAAAGUGAAAGAUGGGGACAUUGGGAAGGAGUAUAAGUACCAGCAGGAGAUUGCCCAGAUGUUGUUUGUAUUUGGGGAAGUACCUGAGCCACUUCCAGAAACAACGCAGUUGGUAGAAGAUAUCGUGCGUGGACAGGUGAUCGAAAUUGUCAUCCUCGCUCGUCACCUUGCCGUGAAGCGUGGAGCGCGGCAUCUAACAGCAGAGGACCUCAUGUUCCUUAUACGUGGAGACAGGGGAAAGGUGAACCGCUUGCGGACGUACUUGAGCUGGAAAGAGGUAAGGAGGGAGGCGAAGGAAGCGAGCAAGGACUCGGGCGGCAAUAUGGAGGAGGAGGCCUUGGAAGAGAAUGCUGCGGAUCUGACGACAAAGAGCACGAAGAUGACGGUCAAGCUCCCCUGGGAGAUCUCCACGAUCUAUUCCGACUUCCUCAAGCAUACCCUGGACUAUAAGGAGGACUAUAAAGAUGACGAGGAUGGACAAGAAGCUACGGAGGAUAUGAAUGUACGACUGAAGGAUGCCGAUGAAGCAACCCGCAAGAUGACCCGGGAGGAGUAUGUACAUUAUUCAGAGUGCCGACAAGCAUCAUUUACUUUCCGAAAGUCCAAGCGAUUCCGAGAGUUCAUCAACUUCUCUGCAUACUCUGACAUCAAACCUAACGACGAUAUCAUCGAUAUCCUUGGCUUCCUGGCGUACGAGAUGGUACGCUCCCUCUGUAUCGGCGGGCUGGAAAUCAAGCGCAUCCUCGAAGAAGCGCAACUUCAAACCACCGGAUUGAAACGAAAACUGGCGUCGUCUGAUGAGUCGCCAAACAAAAAAGCGCGCUUAAGUGGGGAACAAGACGAUGAAGGGCCUGGACUACCGCCGAGCGUACAGAGCAGCCUCUUCAUGCGACCCCCCGAGGCGAGGAGGCCCCUCAGAUCUGCACACAUCCAGGAGGCAUUCGCGAGGAUGCAGAGGGAUGCGACCCACUUGAAGAGCGCUGGGAUGCAGAACUGGAGAGGAGGUCUUGUGAGGACGAAGAUCACGCUGAUUUGAGUUAUCUGGAUAUUGUACUGGUAUAUUGUCGUUGUAUAAGUGUAUCCUGUAUGUAUGUGUUGUACUUUGUUAUAUGCUGCUCGUCA